AUGGGCAACAAACCAUUGACUCCGCGUGUACACUACCCGAGUCAAACGUCGUCUUCUGAAAGUGAACACUGUGAUGGGAACUGCCACCUUUCGAAGGAAGAGAUUUAUUUUGAACAGGACAAAGCUUGGAAAUAUCUGGAGAGGUAUAAAGAGCUAAUUGAACGAGUCAACAAAUUUGAGUCAAAGUUUUUCGACAAAAAGUACGACGACAUAGUCCCCGAGAUUAAGGCUAUUGACGAUGAAGCUGUCGAGUUACAUAAAGUUUUCAUCCACGCACACGUCUUGAAUCGUGCGUUUAAUACCUUUGACUAUGAAAAGUCACAGAAGAACCUCCAAGACAUCCACAGAGCCUGUUCAUCACAAGAAAAUAAUACGGGCAGUUGUGACUACUCGCAAAAUCAUUUCCCUCUUGAAGUUCUUCGGUGGAAAAAGCUCGACGAGAAGAUGGCUCUCCUUCAAAACGCCUAUUUAAAUAAUUUGGACACAUUCACGACACUCUACGCAAACACCCAAAACCAGUCCGACUUGACACAACCAUAUACCACUCUCAAAUUGUCUCUUAUCGAUUUAUUGAAAGCAAAAUACCCGAGCUCAAGAGAUAUGCUUCAACAACAACAAUAUUAUUUGGACUACUUUAAGCUCCAGUUCCCUCUAUACUACCAAACAAUUCAACUGUAA